AUGGACUUCCUCCCCUACGACCCCGUCCACGGCGCCAUGCAGCAGCACCACAACUCAGCGCCACCCCCACCCCCGCCCCCACCGCAGCCCAUGGAUCUCGCCUCGUCGCCGAUCCAAGAGAAGGCCAAACCCGGCCGCCCCCGCCGCAGCCGCACCAACAACGUCAACGUCAACAACAUCAACAACGGGCCACCCCCACCAGCCACCGCCGAGUCCAGCACCAUUUCCACAACAACAACAAGCACCGGCUUCAGCACAGCCGACGGCCGCGUCGUCGAGAUCAAGACAAAGUUCCCCGUCGCGCGGAUCAAGCGCAUCAUGCAGGCCGACGAGGACGUCGGCAAAGUCGCCCAAGUCACACCCGUCGUCGUCUCCAAGGCACUCGAGCUAUUCAUGAUCGCUCUCUGCGAAAAGGCCUCCGCCCAGGCGCGCCAGCGCAACUCCAAGCGCAUCACCGCCGGCCACCUCAAGCAGGCGGUCCUGCACGAGGAGCAAUUCGACUUCCUGGCCGAGAUCAUCGCCAAGGUGCCCGACAUCCCGCUGCCGACCGUCGACAGCAGCAACAACAACGGGGGCAACUGCUCGUCGGGCGGCGGCGGGCCCGAGUCGGAGGAUGCGCAGGCGCCGCCGAGCGUGAAGAAGCCGAGGAAGCCGAGGACGAGGAAGGUUAAGAAUGAGGAUUGUUGA